AUGGACCUCUGGCCUUCUCCUCUUGCUAACCGUUGCGCCGCAGUCCAGUUCCUCGAUGAAUCGCCCGAGAUCCGCUCUCACUAUGUCCAGGAUGGCUACUCACCUUUCAGCAGUCCGUCUAUCCGGUACCAUUCGCCUCCGCCUGCCUCGGCUAGCGGUCACAGCAACGCCUUGACCCCAAACUCGACCAUCUUCACCCCGACAGAGGGCUUGACCGUCUUGUCGUUGCUGAAUUCAGAGUCGCCUGUCCAUCAGCAGGCCUCGGUGCCCCCGGUUACUCAUGACCAACUGUCCAGCACGAGCGCGUACGAGCACCACGACGAUGCAAAUGCUAACAACACGUUUGUCUACCAACAGCCCGCUGGCGAGCCUAUCCUGUGGCCGCUGGAACACGAGCAGGAGGCCAUGCUGCUCCAGCAUUACAUUGAGAAUGUCGCCUUAUUCUUUGACAUGGUCGAUACGAGAGAUCAUUUCGGAGUGCAUAUUGUCCAGAUGGCCAAGCAGAACAGUACUCUAAUGAAUGCUAUCCUUGCCCUCUCGGCGCGGCAGCUCAGCCGCAUUGCAGACUUUGACCCGUAUGUCGCAGAUGCAUACUACCAGAAAUGCUUUGACACUUUGAUCCCUGCAUUGAAUGACAACUCAACAAUCAAAGAGGAGCCCUUGCUCGCAGCAACCAUCAUACUCCGGCUUUUGGAGGAGAUGAACAUUUCGGUCGUUGGUAGCGACCCCCAAGGCCAUCUCUUUGGUACCCAAGCCAUUAUCCGCGCUGCUGAACAGUCAUAUGCUGCUACGUCCGGCCCAGAUUGGCGUCAGGCCAUCUAUUGGGCAGCCUUCCGCCAGGAGAUGUGGAUUUCACUAAUGACGCAAAAAGCCUUCAAGCUGCACAUCUUCCCUGCGGAUCGCUCACUCGACCCCGCCACCGACUCAAUGUGGGCUACGCGGACGAUUGCGCAUCUCGGCGAUGUGUGCAACUUUGUCUUUGGCGAAGAGAGAAAUAGCGUUGUUCGCUACAACCAGCUAAUGGAGGAGAACAGAUCUUGGACGCAGCGUAGGCCCGACAGCUUCGAUCCGUACUUUUUCCGUCAUUCGAACCCUUCUAGCGGAAACAACUUUCCAGACAUUCGCCUGCAUCGAAAGGAGCAUGUCAUGGGCAUGCAAUACAAUCUCUUGGCCCACACGCUACUAAUUGUACACGACCCGACAUUACCGCAGCUUGGGCCCGCACACAAGGCUUCACGUGCUGUUGUGGACAAGGCAGUACAGGAAAAUGUAAGAAUACUUUGCGGUGUUGCUCAGUCGAAUCCCAAAGUGUUUCCUUGCAAGUUUGUCGCAUGCUAUGCGAUUGCACUCGUCGGCGAUCGGUUCACCAUACGAGAGGAGCAGCAGAGUCUCCGUGAUCUAUGGUACAGAUGUGAACAGCUACAUGCCUUUCCCCCUACUACCAUGAUUGCUCAGCUUGAAGAAUCGUGGGGAUGGCACAAACACUGA